CAUAGGGCACCACGGUACCACCGCACCAUCUGUCUCCAUCCCUCCCCCUCCUCAGCAGCCUCCUUCCUUAUAUAACCCACUUGGCCUCCGCUGCAGUAUGCACAUCAAGAAUCCAGCCAGCAGAAGCAUCAAGCUGGUAGCUAGCAAUAAUCAGGCGACGCAGAUACAAUUACAAAUAACACAUGGCGGCGUCGCACCUCGCAGUGCUUCUGAUGCUUGCCGCCGCCGUCCUGUCCGCCGCCCCGGUGGCGCGCGGCCAGGCGGCCUCGGCGCCGGCGCCGGCCCCUGCAGCGCCGAAGACGAUCACGGCCAUCCUGACCAAGGCCGGGCAGUUCACCAAGUUCCUCCAGCUGCUGCAGUCGACGCGGGAGGCGGAGCAGAUCACCAACCAGCUCAAGGGCAAGUCCUCGAGCGGCGGGCUCACGGUGUUCGCGCCGCCAGACAACGCCUUCACGGCGCUCCCCGUCGGCACGCUCAACUCCCUCUCCGACCAGCAGAAGACGUCGCUGGUGCAGUUCCACGUCGUGUCCAUGGUGAUGCCGGCCUCGCAGCUCGAGACCGUCAGCAACCCGCUGCGGACGCAGGCCGGGGACACCGGCCCCGGCAAGUACCCGCUCAACAUCACGGCGGACGGCACCAACGUCAACGUCUCCACCGGGGUCGUCAACGCCACACUCGACGGCACGCCGCUCUACGCCGGGGACAGGCUCGUCGUGUACCAGGUCAACAAGGUGCUGCUGCCCUGGGCGCUCUACGGGCCGGCGCUGCCCCCCGCGCCGGCGCCAGCGCCGGCGGAGAGCAAGAAGAAGAAGAAGGCCGCGCCGGACGCGGCGGCGGAUGCGCCGGCGGCGGACACCGCGGCGGGGACGACGGCGUCGGAGGCCGCGCGGGGUGUCCCGGGCGUCGGAGCUGGAUCCUGGGUGGCGGUCGCCGUGGCAGCGGCUAUGUGGUGGGCCAUGUGACCACAGUAAGAAUGCAUGCAUGGGUGUUGUCGUGGUUGCUCUUUUGAAAGUCUCCCUGAGAUGUGGUUCGAAUUCAUCAGUUCUUUUGUUUGCAUUUUGUAUUGUGGAUGUAUUUGGCUUCGAUAAUGUUUAUGUUGUACUUUCAAAUUGUACAUGAUAUUGUGUCCA